AUGGGUCUUUUCAAGAAAUCCGAUGGCGACGAUGACUCCAGCCGCCGAGCACUCUUUGGCUCGCGGAAGAAGGACAAGAGCCCCCCGACCCCCUCCAACCCUUACGCUCAACCAAUUCCGGUAGACCCAUACACUAAGGCCAAGAUUGGCGUGGGUGUUGCCCCCUUACCUGCCGACCACCCCGCCGCCAACGGCGGCCCCCACUCCAUCCCCCCCGACAACAAGUACGCCGCCAACAAGUACGGAAACCAAGGCGGCUACGGCAGUGAUCGAUUUGGCGGACCCGGCGCAGGCGCCGGACCCUCAACCGGAGGCUCGCGAUACGGAAGCGGUGGUUACGGGGGUCUGGGUAGCAGCGAUCCCAAUGACCCCGCGGCUGCAGACUCCGCUCGCAACGAGCUUUUCGGCGGCGCCAACAGAAACCGGGCACCGGACAACGCGGGCGGCCCAUCACCACCCCCGUACUCCGAGGGUCAGAAUGGUCAGAACGGUCCAGGACCGAACUACGGUGGCGGCAGCAAUGAGUACAGCAUGGCGACCUUCCAGGAUCGACAGCUGACAGCUGAAGAAGAGGAGGAGGAAGAGGUCCAGGCGACGAAGAACGAGAUACGCUUCGUGAAGCAGGGUGAUGUAGCAUCAACACGGAAUGCACUCCGAGCUGCCGCACAGGCUGAAGAAACCGGUCGCGCCACUCUCGCCCGACUUGGUGCGCAGGGCGAGUCCGUCCACGACACAGAAAAGAGUCUAGACAUGACGGCCAUCGAAGGUCGCAUCGCUGAGGACAAGGCAAAGGAGCUUAAGACGCUCAACAAGAGCAUGUUCGCCGUACACGUGGCGAACCCAUUCACGGCCUCGCGACGCCGGCGCGAGCGCGAUGAGAAGAUCCUCAAUACACACCGUGAGGAUCGUGAUGUCCGCGACGGAACACGGUCCGAGGCGCACGCGAGUAAUCAGCGCAUGGACCGGCUGUUCCGUGAUAUCGAGCGCGAUGCCGCGAAACAGGGCAAGGGCAAGAAGGCGAGUGUCACCGAGCGUGCCAAGUACCAAUUCGAGGCGGAUAGCGAGGAUGAGGCAAUGGAGGACGAGAUUGAACAGAACUUGGAUCUGCUCAGUGGUGCUACCGGUCGGUUGAACGGUCUUGCCAAGGCCACUGGCAAGGAGCUGGAUGAGCAGAACAGACAUCUGGAGCGUAUCAUGGGCAAGAGCGACUUUGUCGACGAUCAGAUUGCCAUGAACCGGGCCAAGCUGGACCGGAUUCGUUAG